GCAACGAGGACGCUGUCAGUCACCUGCUGCAGUGCGGCACCGGAAAUACAGAGCGCAGCACAACGAGAGAGCAGGAAACGUGGAGAUAAUCCUCUGUCCUGAAUCGGCCUUCAGCAUUUCUGUCAGUUUUCUUUUUGUCAAGGUUUUUUUAGCGUUGACUGAGCUCUUGCCGCCCAUUAGAUGUCAGCAUUCAGACAGCAGUGAUUUAAGAGACUGCAGCGCAUCGUCAUGGCCAGACCGGUGAUUGUACAUGCCGCACCACUAUUUUCCAUACAUUUGAUAUUUUAACAAGAAGCGAGAAGAGGAAUACGAGUCUGCAAAGUCAUGCACACCAAAGUUUCGAUCAGGCUUGUAAAUGAUAAGCAUUUGCUUUUAUUAUUACUAUACGCUGUGUGGAAGUGAACUUUACCGUUGAUGCUGUUUAGAUCCAGUUUGUUAUCAGCACCGCUCAGCUGGAAUGAAAGAAGACCUUCAGUACCAGAAACAGGCCAUCAUUUUGGAAGAGGAAAUGAAUCGUGUUUGCUCUGUUAAUAAUAACUUCCCAUAUGACAACAACCUCCUGGUCCUGGAUAUGGUCUUGAGCUCACUAUGGGCAACGCCUCAGCCAAUCAACUGGGAGAAUGUUGCCAAGUUAGUCCCAGGGUUCACACCUCAAGAGUGCGCACAGAGAUUUGAAGAGCUGAAAACUACAGGCGGUUUCCAUCAAGUUGAUGACCAAUGUAACCCGCUGAUCGGAGCAGUGAGCUCUCCACCAGAACCUUUUAACUCCUAUAUCAGAUCAAACUUAUUGGACAACACUGGAGCGACAGGAGAACCACAGUCCAGUCAGAGCACUCUUUCAGUGUCAGGCCUUACUGUGGUGCCUACUGCCCGAGGAGCCAGUGUAGAAAAAGAGGAUGCAGAUCCUGCAGACAAAGUUGAGAAGAUGGAAGGGAAUAAUAGUCCCAACAUGGUAAUUCAUGUAUGUGAUGAAGCAAAGAAUCUAAAGCAGGACUUUAUGUGUCCAAGAAACCUCUUGGUGCGAGAGAUGCGUUACUUUGAAGAGUACCUGUCUGUGGACCCUCAGCGCUGGGACGAAGUGGACAUAUCCGUCCACUGUGAUGUCCAGAUCUUUGACUGGCUCAUGAACUACGUCAAGAGUCACGAAACCGAACAUCCGCAAGGAAAUCACAUCGACAAACCCAAACUGGAGCACAGCAAUGUCAUCUCAAUCCUGAUCUCCUCCGAGUUCUUGAAGAUGGAAAUUUUAGUUGAGGAGUGUAUCCAGUUUUGCAACAAACAUAUGAAUGCCAUUAUAGCAACUCCAUGCAAUAUGAGCUGCAUCAACAACAAUCUGACCGGACGCAUCGCUGAUCUGUUCAGCCACAAUGAAGCAGACGACAUUAAGGAUAAAAAAGACAAAUUCAAAAGCAAACUGUUUCAGAAGAAGAUAGAGAGAUUGUUUGACCCUGAUUAUCAAAAUCACGAUUCCCCUCAAAACGCAUCUACUCUGUAUAGAUGUGGCCUUUGCCUUAAGCUUCUGACCAAAGAAACGGAGAAAAAAAUUCCUUGUGUUCCAAACAAAAUCAACAUAGAUGCCCGAGGAAAUAUUGUAUUCUGUCACAGCAGACAUAAGGCCUGGGACGUACAUGAAUAUGUGAUUGGGCUUUAUGAAGAAUUAAAGUCAUGGGUUCUGGUCUAUUGGAGAAUCUGGGGCACCAUCAACUAUCUAACAUGCUCACGCUGUAAACAGGCUUUCCUUUGUAUAGAGUUAGGCCAAUGUAAGUACCACCCAGAAGCGGUUGUUUAUCCUGGUAUUGGGGCAGAUCUUAAAUGGCACGGCAUAGGUGUUUACUCCUGCUGCAACCAGAGAGUCAUGCGAUUCGACCCUUCUUCCAUGCCCAAGGGCUGUAAAAUAAGAGACCACAUUGUUAGUGUAGGAGAUGGUGAAGACUGCGGCAAACACAAUGUAAACUCAACCCAGACCAGAAUACUGAAUGACCUGCUGCUGCACAGGGACGCUGUGUGUGUGAGGAGUCCUGAAGGCUCUUCUGUAGGCAGUGAAUGUGUGCCAAGUGAUAUAAUGUUAGAUCCAGGAGUGCUUCACAGAACAGGGGAACGCACAUCUUUUUCGCUGUUAAAAAACUGGAGUCUACAACUGCGCCAACAGUCUCUGUUUUCUGAGGAUGAGGAGUACACUACAGGGUCAGAGGUCACAGAGGAUGAGGUUGGUGAUGAAGAAGACACCUCAAAAAAACAAGCUGCAAAGAAAGUACGAAAAUCUGGCAAACCUUUGAAAAGACAAGUGUCCUCUCCAAAUUUCCAGCGUAAAGAGAAAUCUGGAGAGAAGGCACCCUCACGAGAUUCAACCCCAUUCAUCGUCAGCAUCCAGAAGAAUAAGUGGGAUAGCACUCGCUCCAUGAGGUACAAUCAAGACGCUCAGAGAGAGGAGGAUCAAAGGAGAAUGGAGGAGAUUAUAGGAAAUCUCACUAAAAUCCGCUUUGGGGACCAAGAGCAAACAAAGUUUAAAGACACAAAAGAGCCAGCAGGUGGCUUGUAUUCCCGACUGGAGGCCCAGUUUAAAGCUUCUUCUCAACCCAGUGGAAGAAAUAGCAGCGCAGAGAAAACUCUCAGAGCAAAGACGCGCUCUGGGCCACCGAGACCGACUUAGAUGAGUGGGUGAGAAGGAGUAAAGAGAUUGCUGCUGUUUGACAAGGCUGAAGAUCCACUAUUCAAUCCCCAAUACUCCGGCCAGACAUAUAGGAAUAGCAUUAGGAUCUUUUUCGUUACAAUCCUGUCAGAAGACUGAAUGUUGACAGAGUCUGUGAUGUCUCAACUGUAGCUAUAUAACCUAAAUGGGACCUAAGCUGUGGACAAUGCAAGCUUUUGGCUGCUAUUGAAUUGGUUGCACCAACAAAAAUAUUCUUUGUGUAUUCUCUUCCUGCAUCUGUAUGCAUCACACAAAUGCUGUUUGGCUACUGUAUAUUUUUUAUCUUUUGCUUUAUCUCACUUCUCUAGCUCAGGUUUCCAUUUCAGCCGUGUGUUGUUAUGUUCAUAUAGUUGACUCAGGUGACCAGACAAAGCUCAUCUCCAUGGUUCUGACCCUGCACUUUAAGCCGUCUUAAUGCAAUGACUUAAACCAGUAUAAUACGCAAACCAGCCAAUGAGUGUGACACUGACAACUAAUACCUGUGCAGUCUAUGAUUAUGUUGCACUCCAGACCUAUUUGUGCCAUUUGGACUAAUGUGUCAUUGGGUAGAAUACAAAAUAAAUGUUAAUUUAAAAUAA